AUGGCACACUUCUUAUUAUGGGAUCCAGUCGAGAGGGCUGCAAUUCAAAAAUUUUUAGCUAUAUUAAAAUCGAAGAAAUUGAAAGAAACGGAAUUACUAUCUAACCAACAAGCGUUAUUCCAACAAUUUAAGUUAAAUCAUGGAUUAUUCUUGAAUGGUUGUAGGAUAGAACCAAGUAAACAAGCUGUAUUAAUUGAAGGUGACAAAUGGAAUAUUAAUUUAUAUGAGGGUCAACCUUUUGUGUAUACUUCCGUAAACGAUCACACCUCUCAUGUAAAUUUAUUGAGUUUUAAUUCUGACGAUGACGACGUUGAACUUGACGAAUCUCUACAACCAUCAGAUUUAUGUAUUAAUUUUCCCGUUAUCGAAAUUACUUAUACUGCCGAUUUAUCAAAAUCUUUUUCAAAUUUUAUAAAUGACGAUGAAGGAAAAUUAUACGGUCAUCUACUUCCAAGAAAGAUUUUAAUUGGUGGAAAAUUAUUUAUCCGUGACCUUAAAUCGGCUACUUGUACACAAAUCGACAUUUUUAGCUCUUACUUAAAUUGGGCAUAUGAUUUAACAAAAUCCAAAAAAGAAAUUCCAUUUGAUAAUUUAUCCGCCUUGAAUUUUUUUCCAAAAAUAUUAACACCAGACGGAACAAAUUUGGACACUCAUGAAAAAUUAUCCGAUUGGAUGAAUAAUUUAUACCAAAAUGAUACGGUUGAAAUAAUUUCUUAUAAUAACCUCGUUCCAAUUUCUCAAUUAAAAUUCGAUAAAAUAUCAUUUGUAGAUGAAAUACAACCUGGAGUUGCUAAUUUUAAAGAGAAAUUAACUUUAGAAAAUUGGGUUAAAAAUUCAAAAUACGCAAGAUGGGUUGAAGAAUUUCAACUUCGAGGUUUAAUAAUUAAUCAAAAUUUGGAAUUAAGAACUAGCAAGGAAAAUGCUAUUGAUUUAAUUAAUAUUCCUAAUGUGGAAUCAAGUGAUAAAUUUUAUUUAAGAAUAAUGAAACCGACGACUAUCUUAGAAGAAGUUUUAAUACAUAACAACAUCUUUUUAGCUAAUAGCGAUGAAGAUAUAAGCUCUUUUCCGUUUAUUAAAAUAUCGGAUGGUCUAAGUCAUGAAGAUUAUGCACAUUUUCUGGUAAAGUGUGAACAAUAUGAAGUUCUGUUAACUAUGGAUAAUAUUAAACCUUCAGAAAAAUUUAAACAAGCUGUAGAAAAAGCACUCGAAAAUAUGAAACCACUCAUACGUUUGCAAGAAGUUUUUGACGAAUAUGGUCAUCUUAUUCCAUUAAAUAUCGUAUUAGGAAAAUCUCUUAAAAAUACAAUAGAAAAUUCACACUACAUUUCGACAAAGAUUAAUUUAGAACCGCCAGUAUUCGAAUCUUUAAAAUCACAUUUAGCAGAUUUCAGUAUUCCGUGUCUUUUAACGCCAAAAGGAGAUGAUAUUAUUGAAGAAAAUGGUUUAUCUGAAUGGGUUCAAAAUAUGAAUAAUGACUUAGAAAUUAUUGAAUUUAAUAAUAUAAUUCCUUUAUAUGAUAUUCUUGAAGUAGAUCAAAAGAAGAAAAUAGAUAUAAUUUUAAAUAAAGAAAAUAAUUUUAAGAUUAUAAUGACCGGAAGUAUUGAUUUAAAGGAUACAAAUAUUACCAAGCAGAUAAUUGUAAGUAUAGAACCAUCAUUAGAAAAUAAAAAUUACGAGGUUUUUGGAUCAAUUAUCUCAAAAUCUAACUCAAGAUUGAAAGAUAUAUUCGUUACAUUUGGAUCAUAUGAAAUUAAUAAAUUUACUGCGACGAUAAGUACUUCAAAGAAUACAAGUAUAAAUAUAAAGGAAUGUUAUAUCAUAUGGAUGAUGAUUGGAAAUCCUUCAAAAUUAUCAGUAUUUAGUCCGAAUAAUCGAAAAGUACAAGUUGAUUGUAUCAAGGAAUCUAUUAAAUUACAACGAAACAAUUCUUCCUAUUCAAUUAAAACUUCUCACCAGUUAUCUCAAGGAUAUGAUAUCUCUUUUAAUUGUUUUAAGCCUAUAAAUAUUGAGCUAACCGGAUGGUCAAAGAAUUGUGUUUAUUUGAAUAUUACAAAUACAAUGAUGAAUAAUAGAAAUGUUAAACCUGAUAUAGAUAAUGUUGAAAUAGCUAUUUGUGUUUUAAAUUCAGGUCAUGAAAAAUCAAAGAUUGAUAUUAGCGGAAAAAGGUAUUCUAUGGGAUAUAUUUUAACUGAAAAAAAUUAUUUAGAUUCUAUAUCAAACGCACAAAAAUAUUUAAGAAAUACUUAUCCAACAAAAAAAGAAAGAGAAAAAGUAACAAGGUUAAUUAUUAAUAAGAAAAAGUUAGAAUAUCAUUUGGAUUUAUCAGACUUUGUUAAUUUAGAGAAAUUAAAUUGUUCUGAAAAUGAAUUAACUAGUCUAGAUAUUAGUAAAAAUAAGCAGUUAACUGAGAUUGAUUGUUCUCAAAACAAAUUAAUUAGUUUAGAUUUAAGUAAUUGUUUAAAUAUUAAAUUAGUCACAGCUAAUUGCAAUCAACUUAAUGAAUUGAAAUUACCUGUUUCAAAUGAUUUAAAAUUAGAAUAUUUAAAUUUACUUGAUAAUUCAUUUUCUCAAAAUUUAGAUUGUUUUAACCAGUUAUUUAAUUUAAAGGAAUUACUUAUAGGAAAUAUUGAUGGAGAUAGAAUUCAACUAGGCAUAUAUAACCAAUUUCAUGGUAGUUUGAAACCUUUAAAAAAUUUAAUUAAAUUAGAGAGUUUAAGUAUUAAUAAUACUGAUAUAGAAUUUGGUUUGGAAUUCUUACCUGAUAGUAUUAAAAAUUUUCGAUGCUUAGCAGAUCAAAGAGCAGAAGCUAAAGUGAAAAAAAUAUAUGAACAACUUGAGGAAUAUACAUUGAGUCCUAUUGAAGCUUUUCAAGGUAAAUAUAAUUUGAAAGCAUGGAGAAAAAAUUGGAAAUUAGUUAAAGAAAAGGAAGCGCUCCAAAAUCAGUUUAAACAAGUUGAAGAGUUAACAUCUAGCGCUAAACUUAAAGAAUUUGAAAAAGAAGAAAGUAGUUUGAUCGCAGAAGAGGAGGACUUGUUAGUAAAAAAUAAGUCUCUGGAGCAAGAAAGGAAAAAUUUGGAGCAAGAAACAGAUGAUUUGAAACAGCUGGUCAAGGAACUAAAUGCCAAAUUGGAACAGAAAGAGGUUGAUUAUCAGCAAGCCAAGCAGCAAUUAGAAGAAAAAGAAGAAAUGCUAAAAUCCUUCACUGAGGAAAAGCUAGAAAAUUUUACUACUGAAAAAUUAAUGGUAAAAGAAGAAUUGAAUAAAGAAAUAAAAGUCUUAAAAUAUGAACUAUUGAUCAAAGAGAGGGAUACAGAACAAUCGAAAAAACAUCUGGAAGAAAUGAAUAAGGAGUUAAAAAUUAAAGAGGAAGAAUGUGACAACUUGAGAAAUAAAUUAGAUAAUAUUAAAUCAUCAUUAACUGAAAUAAAAAAUAAAAAAGAAAAAUUAAAUGAUCUUAAAAAAAAAUUAGAGUACAAAAAAAAUUUUUCUAAAUCUGGUACAUCUGGACUGAGAAAGCAAAUGAAUGAUUUGAAAAGAGAAAUACAUUCGUUACAAAGUCAAGCAAUAAAAGCUAGGGAAAUAGAAAAUGAACUUGAAGAGGUCAAGAGAAACAAGAAUAGACUUCAAAAUGAGAAAGUUCAACAACAAAGCAUUGUGGAAUAUCUUCAGAAAGAACAGACAAUUUUACGAGAUAAUAUUAAAAACCUUGAUACCAAAUUAAGAGAUAAAGUAGGUUUUAUUAAUAAUCUUGAGCAACAAAGUAGUCAACAAAUUGAGGAAUUACAAAGUAAAUUGGAUGAAGAAAUUAGAAAAUAUCAAAUUUCACAAGAGAUUAAUACUUCCCUCAAUGACGAAUUAAAAAAUAAAGAGAAAAUUAUUAAGGAAUCGCAAAAUAAGCUGAAUGAAGAAACAAGAAAAUAUCAAGAUUCUCUGGAUAAAUUAAAAAAUAAAGAGGAACUUAAUAAGGAAUUAGAAAGUAAAUUGGAUGAAGGAAUCAGAAAAUAUCAAGUUUCACAAGAGAUUAUUACUUCCCUAAAUAACGAAUUAAAAAAUAAAGAGAAAAUUAUUGAGAAAUCGCAAAAUAAGCUGAAUGAAGAAAUUAGAAAAUAUCAAGAUUCUCUGGACAAAUUAAAAAAUAAUGAGGAAUUUAUUAAGGAAUUACAAAUUAGAUUGGAUAAAGAAGUCAAAAAAGAUCAAGCUUUCCAGAAGAUUAUUACUUCCCUCAAUAGCGAAUUAAAAAAUAAAGAGAAAAUUAUUAAGGAAUCGCAAAAUAAGCUGAAUGAAGAAAUUGAGAUUAUUACUUCCUUCAAUAGCGAAUUAAAAAAUAAAGAGAAUAUUAUUGAGGAAUUACUUUUCAGAAACUUUUAAAAUCGAAACUAUAUCGUGACUAUAUCAAAACUUUAUCAUAGAACUUAUCGUAAAG